AUGACAUUCGAAGAAGCCGAAGUCGGCCCAAACCAAGUGCUAUUCAAGCUCGUUCGCAUUGGAAGAAUCAGCUUUUCGCACGAUUCAGCAGUGAGACAGAUGUUUCGAGAAUGGACACUACUGGAUGAGCAAAAUUUUGAAGCUCGAUUACUAAUGGCCACCACCGUUACACAUCGACUGAUGGAACACACAAGAAUCAUCUACAAGAAAAUAUAUCCGUGA